GUAGAUAAUAAAAACGGAUCCAUCACGUAUGACAAUCAAUUGUGUAUGACAAUCAAUUGAAGAGAAGAAUGACAACAUUCAAACUGUCCUUCUACAUUAUGGCAGCGACAGUGUGUAUACUGACACUGAGAGGACAAAGUGGUCGUCAGCCGAGCAGUGAUACACACUGGAAAGACAUUAAAGCAACUGUAAUAAAAAAACGUGUUGGAGAAGCUUUACAAUACCAUUGCUCUUACCCAGAGGGCCAUGACAAGGAUGAACAUUUCUUGUGCAAGGGAGAUAAUCCCGUCACUUGCAAGAGGAUGAGACGUAAAACAAAAAUGCUGAGAGUAAAUGGAAGAAAAAAAACAUUUUCGGUGCACAUCCAAGAUCUGAGCAAAACAGACUCUGGAACAUACUGGUGCACCUCUAAUACAACAUGGAACCGUCGUGAUUACACUAAAAUGCAACUUAAUGUUGAUGAAGACACCAAGAGUAGAAAAUCAAGGCAUCCCACUGUGCAUGUGCCAAUAGCAAACGUGACAAUGACACCACAAUUAUCCAUGCUGUCUUCAGCAACAUUAUCAACACACAGUGUGGUCAAAGAUAUCAAUGUGGCUGCUCUGGUGUGUCCCAUAUUAUUGGCAGUAGCUGUGCUCGCAUUUCUUGUGUUUGGAUACACACUCACCUGGACACAAGGAGGAUCAUCACUGCAGGGGACACACAAAGCAACCAACGAUGAGGACGAUCCUGCCAAUCACCUGUAUGAGGAGGUACAGAUGGAGUCCCUCUCAGGACAUGCCAUUGUCAGCCGUCCAACAGACCUGGUGCACUAUUCCACUGUUAGUUUCCUCCAAGAGUCAAACAGCAUCUCAACACCGCAAACUUUGCACGCUGAGGCUGAAGAGAAUAGCUCCUACUCCUCUGUCACUGGAAUUAGCAUCCCUACAGUGGCAAAUAUUAUCUACUCCACUGUAACAAAACCUAUAUAG